AUGUACCUGCCGUCUGCCACGUCCGCUGCUCCCGAAUACGUCGCCACUCCUUCGUCCGUGGUGGCUGUAGAGGCCUCUGUCUCUACUUUGACCCUCGGCCCCGGAGACGAGGAAGGAGAGGUCGCCCCAACUUCGGCUCCAGCUGUUGAAGUGGUGAUGCCCUCGUCUGCUGCUGAGAUCAACGCCGUCACCUCCACCGAGGAGGGUCCGGAGCCAACCGUUGCUGUCGUUGCAGAGCUCUCGACUGAGAACGUGGUCAUGCCGAUCACCUCUUCCGUUGCCCAGGCUGCUCCUGUCUACACCUCUUCGGCUUCAUCCACUUCUACUGCCCCGGCUGCUGCCGCCGCUACCACUGCUCCUUCCACUUCUUCUUCUUCUUCCUCUUCAUCCCCUGCUGGAUCCUCCUCGGAUGAGUCCUCGUCUUCUCCCUCUUCUGGAUCUUCUUCAGUCGAGUCUUCCUCGCCUGCCACCAACGCUCACCAGGUUGACACCUCCGCCUCAUCCUCCGGCAAGGCCACCUUCUACGGCGGCAACCUCUCCGGUGGCACUUGCUCCUUCACCGGCUACACUCUCCCCGCCGGUCUCUUCGGAACCGCCUUCUCCGGUGCCAAGUGGGACAAGGCCGCCGAGUGCGGUGCCUGUGUCGCCGUGACCGGACCCAACGGUAAGACCAUCAAGGCCAUGAUCGUCGACAAGUGCCCUGAAUGCGAGGCCGGCCACUUCGACCUCUUCCAGGACGCCUUUGGCGAGCUCUCCGCGCUCUCCGCCGGUAUCAUCCCCAUCAGCUGGGCCUACACCCCUUGCGACCUGUCCGGUCCCCUCUCCGUGCGAAACAAGGUUGGAACCUCCAAGUACUGGUUCUCCAUGCAGGUCGUCAACGCCAACGAGCCCGUCACCAAGCUCGAGGUCAGCACCGACGGUGGAAACACCUGGCAGAGCACGACCCGCACCGACUACAACUACUUUGAGCAGUCGUCCGGCUUCGGUGCGGACUCCUUUGAUAUCCGUGUCACCGGCCAGUCUGGUUCCACCGUUGUCGUGAAGAAUGUCGGAACUACCGCCCAGGCUUCGUACGAGGCUUUAAAGAACCUGUAA